CGCAGAGCGGGGGCGGGAGCGGCGCGCGGGGAGCGCUCCCGGCGCGGCUCCAUCCCCGCAUCCCUGCCCGCCGCUCCGCCGGGAUGUUCUCCAGGAAGAGCCACGCCGAUGUCAGGAAAUCCACGCAGAAGGCGCUGGACCCCAAGCGGGACGUGCUGACCCGCCUGAAGCACCUCCGCGCGCUGCUGGAUAUCGUGGAUGGAAGUGACCUGAAGCAAUUUUUUGACAACAAUUAUUCUCAAAUUUAUUUUAUAUUCUACGAAAACUUCAUCACACUGGAAAACAGCUUGAAACAAAAAGGGAAUAAAUCACAGAGGGAGGAGCUGGACUCCAUCCUCUUUCUUUUCGAGAAAAUAUUGCAGCUACUACCCGAGAGGAUUUUUUAUCGAUGGCAUUUUCGCAGCAUAGGGUCGAUUCUGAAGAAGCUUUUGCACACUGGAAAUUCUCUCAAGCUCAGAUGCGAAGGCAUCCGCCUGUUCCUGCUGUGGCUCCAAGCCCUGCAGACCAACUGCGCCGAGGAGCAGAUCCUGAUGUUCGCCUGCCUGGUGCCCGGCUUUCCCCCGCUGCCGUCGUCGCGCGGGCCCUGCACCCUGGAGAGCCUGGUCAGCCCUCCGGCCGCGCCUGACGCCAAGAUUUUUCCAGAAGAAAUAACGCCGCUUUUGCCAGCUGUCUCUGGAGAGAAAAUUGCUGAAGACCAAACCUGCUAUUUUCUUCAGCUCCUGUUAAAAUACAUGGUAAUUCAGGCUGCAAGCUUGGAGUGGAAGAACAAGGAGAACCAAGACACUGGGUUUAAGUUCCUCUUUACCUUGUUCAGAAAAUACUAUCUUCCUCACUUGUUCCCAUCUUUUACAAAGCUAACCAACCUCUACAAACCUGUGCUUGACAUCCCCGAUAUCAGGCCGAGGCCGGUGUAUGUCACUGCAACACGGAACAACGAAAGUGUCUACUGCACAAAAAUCCCCUACAUGGCAGCUCGAGUUGUUUUUAUCAAGUGGCUCGUUACCUUCUUCCUCGAGAAGAAGUAUUUAACUGCUGUUCAGAAUACAAAAAACGGAGAAGAAGUGCUGCCUAAAAUUAUUCAGACAGUCGGCGUGAGCCAGGAGAAGAGCACCGAGCUGGAGGGCGGCGCGGCGCCCGCGGGCGAGCAGGACCGGAGCCACUCCAACAGCAGCACCCUGUCCGACAGGCGCCUCAGCAACUCCAGCCUCUGCAGCAUCGAGGAGCAGCACCGCAGCGUCUUCGAGAUGGUGCAGAGGAUCCUCCUCUCUACGCGGGGAUACGUCAACUUCGUCAACGAGGUGUUCCGGCAGGCUUUUUUGUUGCCGCCUUCUGAUAUAUCCGCAACACGGAAGGUGGUUAAGGUGUAUCAGAAGUGGAUACUGCAGGAGAAACCCGUGUUCAUGGAGGAGCCAGACAAAAAGGAGGACAGCCAGGACGCUGUUGCUCCCUUGGAAGACUCCUCAGUGCAAACAGACGGUAAACAUCUUUCCUCGGAGGCCUCCGGGCACAGGCGCUCCUCCAGCUGGGGCAGGACCUACUCUUUCACCAGCGCCGUCAGCAGGGGCUGCGUGCUGGAAGACGAGGACAGGGAUGUGAAAGCUGGUGCCCAGGCUGCGCUGCAGGUAUUCCUGACAAACUCGGCGAAUGUUUUCCUGCUGGAGCCGUGCACUGAGGUGCCUGUGCUGCUGAAGGAGCAAGUGGAUGCUUGCAAAGCUGUUCUCAGCAUCUUCAGGCGCAUGAUAAUGGAGCUGUCAAUGAACAGAAGGACGUGGGAACAGAUGCUGCAGGUACUCCUCAGAAUAACAGAAGCUGUGAUGCAGAAGCCAAAAGAGAACCAGCCAAAGGACACAUUUGCUCAGAGCAUGGCGGGGCUGCUGUUCCGAACCCUCAUUGUGGCUUGGAUCAGAGCAAACCUGAGCGUGUACAUCUCUCGGGAGCUGUGGGAUGAGCUGCUCAGUGUCCUGUCCGCCCUGACGGACUGGGAGGAGCUCAUCAACGAGUGGGCCAACAUCAUGGACUCCCUGACAGCAGUCCUGGCCAGGACCGUGUACGGCGUGGAGAUGACAAACCUGCCCCUGGACAAGCUCAGUGAGCAGAAGGAAAAAAAGCAGAGAGGCAAAGGUGGUGUUCUGGAGCCUCAGAAGACAGCUGUAGUAGGAAGAUCUUUUUCAUUAAGCUGGAAAAGUCAUCCUGAAGUUGUGGAGCCGAUGAGAUUCAGAAGUGCCACAACCUCUGGGGCCCCAGGAGUGGAGAAAGCAAGAAAUAUCGUCCGUCAGAGAGCCACAGCUAAGCGAAGCCAGUCUAUCAGCAACUGUGUCCAUCUGUAUGAGGCUUUGCCAGCUACUAAAAGUGUACCUCUUCUGCUUCACACUGUGAGCUCUCUCUUCCCUGGUAUCUCUUACACCUCUUGCUCUCACAGACUGUCAGAAGUCGAAGAAUCUCAACAGCUGGAAAGUUCAGAAGGAACAGAAGCUGCAGGCUCGUUUGCAGACCAAGAGCAGCAGCUAACUCGGAGUAGCAGCGCUUCAGAUAUUGCAGAUCAGAUUCCAUCUGAUUUUUUUCAAGGUAAAAAGGCUGGAAAUUGGGCUUCAGACUCCAGAUCAGUUCAGGAAAAUAAGGGAUACACAAAGGAGCAUGAAGCCGAGCAAGUGCUAGUGUGGAGGAGCAGCAGUACAGCGGAGUUAGAUCUGAAAGCAGACUUGCAGCAACCACACGGGUAUUACGGAGAGAGAGAGAAAAGUGAGAGCGUGAGCAGCGACACGUCCCUGGGCUGCGGGGCCGACGUGGACAUCGCGCUCGUGGCCUGGCAGGCGGCCGAGGAUGACCCCGAGGCCGGGGCGGCCACGGGAAUGGGCGCGGACCCCGCGGCGCCGCGCUGGCUCCAGCUCAGCCCCUCGCAGGAGCCGGCCAACCUCACAGACAGUAGCGAGUUCCUGGCUGACGACUGCAGUAUAAUUGCUGGUGGAAGCCUUAUUGGUUGGCAUCCUGAUUCUGCUGCUGUGUUGUGGAGGAGGAUCCUGGGAAUUCUUGGAGAUGUGAACAACAUACAGUCACCUAAAAUCCAUGCAAAAGUUUUCGGCUACCUUUACGAGCUGUGGUAUAAACUUGCAAAGAUCCGGGACAACCUGGCUAUCAGCGUGGACAAUCAGUCGACUCCCUCUCCUCCUGUCCUCAUCCCUCCUCUCAGGAUAUUUGCUUCAUGGCUCUUCAAGGCAGCCACGCUGCCCAGCGAGUACAAGGAGGGGAAGCUGCAGGCGUUCCGGCUGCUCUGUGCCAUGAUGAGCCGGCGCCAGGACCUGCUGCCCAACUCCGACUUCCUGGUGCACUUCUACUUCGUGCUGCGCCUGGGCCUGACCAGCGAGGACCAGGACAUCCUGAACACCGUCAUAAAGCACUGCCCACCGUGGUUCUUCUUCCUGGGCCUGCCUGGCUUCACCAUGCUGAUCAGGGACUUCCUGGGGGCGGCCGCGCGCGUGCUGAGCGCGGACACGCCGGAGGCUCCCCGUUCCGAAGCUCACACCAUCCUUGGUGCUCUUGUGUGCUUUCCAAAUACCUACCAGGGAAUCCCACAGUUGGGACCCGUUUCAGAAGCCAGUGAGAGCAUCACGGGAACUGCAGAUGUGAAGUAUUGCCUCAUAAGCAUUUUAUUGAAGAAUGCUGCAGAGGAGCCAAGUGAAGCUGCAAGGUGCAUAGCCAUCUGUGGCCUCGGAGUGUGGAUAUGUGAGGAGCUCAUGCAGCGCACAAACCACCCCCAUGUGAAGAAAGCCAUCAAUGUCAUAGGUGUGACGCUGAAGUUUUCCAGCAAGCUGGUAGCUCGGGUGGCCUGUGAUGUCCUUCAGCUGCUGGUGUCUUACUGGCAGAAGCUUCAGGAGUACGAAUCCUCCCUGUGCCGGAAAAUUACCGAAAUCCUCGUGGCCACCAUUGCGUUUCUCCUGCCAAGUGCCGAGUACUCCUCCGUGGAAGCGGAUAAGAAGUUUAUAGUUUCGCUGCUGCUGUGCUUGCUGGACUGGUGCAUGGCACUGCCCGUGAAAAUGCUGCUGGAGCCUGUGUCUGCUGGCGCCGUGGAGGAUCAGCAUGCAUCCAGAGCUCCUUUGCUGGAUUACAUUUACAGAGUCCUGCACUGCUGCGUCAACGGCUCCAGCACCUACACGCAGCAAAGCCACUACGUGCUCAGCCUGGCCGACCUCUCCUCCUGCGACUACGACCCCUUCCUGCCCCUGGGGAACGUCAGGAGCUCGGAGCCAGCCCAGUGCCCCUCCUCCACCGACUUGGGCGACCUGCUCACCGUGGCUGAAGAGAAGAGGAGGAGGAAUUUGGAACUGAUCCCUCUCACGGCGCGGAUGGUUAUGACUCACCUGGUGAAUCACCUGAGCCACUACCCGCUCAGCGGAGGCCCCGCCAUCCUCCACAGCCUCCUUAGCGAGAACCACGACAACUCCUACGUGGAGAGCUCCGAGCUGUCCUCGGAAGUGUUCCGGAGCCCCAACCUGCAGCUCUUCGUGUUCAACGACAGCACUCUCAUCUCUUACCUCCAAAUCCCUGCCGAGAGGAAGGCGGGCGCUGAGCCGGCAGCGGCCCCCUCGGACGUGAGGGUGAUCGUCAGGGAUAUCUCAGGGAAGUACUCUUGGGAUGGCCGGGUGCUGUACGGGCCUCUGGAGGGCUGCCUGCCGCAGCGCAGCACGGCCAGUGCCUUCGUCGUCUCUGGCGACGCGGAGCAGCGCUCCCUCUCCCAGAACGAAUUUUCCCAGGCGGAGGAAGGAGAAGACGCCCUGGACCAGCUGCUGGAGAGGAUUGGGAGCACCAGCCCCGAGUGCCUUCUGCACCCGCAGCGCAAGCUGAACGAGCCGUCGCCACCGCCCUGCGGGAUGAGCCCCGAGCAGGAGCGCGCCAUCACCGAGGCGCUGCUGAGGCAGAGCGCCCAGGAAAGGGCGUUCAUGCUGGAGUGCGGCUCGGACUGCAGCAUGAGGGUGGCCCGCCAGGAGCCACCGCCUCCUGCCGAACCGCAGGCCUCCUUCUAUUUCUGUCGGCUGCUGCUGAAUGACUUGGGAAUGAACUCCUGGGACAGAAGAAAAAGCUUUCAUCUGCUGAAGAAGAAUUCAAAAUUGCUGCGAGAACUGAAAAAUCUGGAUUCCCGCCAAUGUCGUGAAACUCACAAGAUCGCCGUGUUCUACAUCGCCGAGGGACAGGAGGACAAGUGUUCCAUCCUGGCCAACGCAAGGGGAAGCCAGGCGUAUGAAGAUUUUGUUGCUGGACUGGGCUGGGAGGUCGACCUAUCCACGCACGGCGGGUUCAUGGGCGGCCUGCAGCGCAACGGCAGCACGGGGCAGACCGCGCCCUACUACGCUACCUCCACCGUGGAGAUCAUCUUCCACGUGUCCACCAGGAUGCCCUCGGACUCGGACGACUCACUGACCAAAAAGGGGCUAUCACAGCCACUGAGAGUUACUCUGUUUGUCUUCCCUGCUUUCACUCUACGAGAAUCUGAGAAACAGAAAGCAAAAACAUUUAGUAGCUGUCAGUCUCCAAGUUUCAUGGUGCCAGGAGGCCAGGCCAGCUCCAGCACAUGCUGAAAAUACCACAAAGGGAUUGCUCUGGGACCCUUCAGGAAAACCUGAGAUCUGCUGUUGGAAUGGAAGCCCGCAGGGAUCAAACUGGGAAUUCCAGUGAAGGACAAAGCUCUGAGCAAGCUCGUGGACCUGAGGGAGCUGCAAGCAGUGGCUCAGAGCAGAUGACUUCCAGAGGGCUUUUUAAUGCAUACUCGUCCGUGGUUCCACACACAACAGUUCCAUUCAGUUUGUCACAGCUCUGCUGUGAGCAAGCAGUGCAGUUCUGGGCAGAUCAGCGUGGGCUCUCGGCAGAUUUUACAGAGCUGCAGCUGCGAGCGGAGCAAAGGUGCGUGCGUUUCAGAAGCACUGCAGUUUCUGGAAGGUGGACAGUUCUCUGGGCUUAGGUCCCUGCCUCAGAUUGUCGGGACAGAAUGUCCCAGUUAAAAAGAUUGUAUUUAUUGCUUCCUGCCAUUAAUGCUUUUUUUUCAUGGGAGUGUGGGAGAGAAAGAUGGAUUCCCAUGGCAUUCAUUCCGUUCCUGCUCCUGCAAAGAACUGUACCUGGUGAUACGGGACAGUGGUACUGGGAGGAGGAAACUUUACCAGGAUGCAGUGGGGGCCACAACUUCUGUUUCCUUGCUCUCCCUCUGGGAUCUAAGGUCGUCCCCCCAAUCUCUGAAAUCUAUGGGAGUGCUGUGGGGUUUCCUCUCUGCUUAUUUUGCCUCAGACCAAGAGAGGCUUCGUCCCUGUCAGCACGCUCCGAGCUGAACAGAAGGACUGAGCACCUGCUGGCCUGUGGAGCAGUAGCAAGGCCAUAAAUUCUGGGGGCUGGGGAAUUCAGCAGAUGCGGUAAUUUUACUUAAAUGUGUUAUUGUGGUUCUUUUAUUUUUACUGAACGCAAGGAUAAAUGAAGUUCUGGUAUGAAUUCCCAAGAAUAGGUGCGUUUCCACUGGGGAUGAACUUGGCCCCCUUGUUUUUGUGCAGUAGAGCUGUCAUUUGCAGUCUGCAUUUUUUUAUUUGAGGUAUAUUGCUGACAUUAUAUUGCUAAUUCAUGAGGGAAGAAAGAAAAAAAAAAAGAAAGAAAGAAAAACCCCUCUCCAAAUAAGUCUCAGUCCUGG